AUGGAGAAGCAAAGGCCUAGAACGGCCAUUGUUAUCGGCGCGGGUGCUGGUGGUAUCGCAACGGCAGCCCGCCUCGCAAAGGCUGGCUUCGACGUGACCGUGGUGGAGAAGAACUCGUUCAAGGGCGGGCGCUGCUCACUGAUACACCAUGAAGGCUGGCGAUUCGACCAGGGGCCUUCGCUCCUGCUCCUACCCAAGCUCUUCAUGGAAACUUUCCACGAUCUCGACACCUCCUUGGAGGACGAGGGCAUUGAGCUGCUGCAGUGCCCCACAAACUACAACGUCUGGUUCUCCGAUGGCGAGAACUUUGAGCUCUCGACCAACCUCGCCAAGAUGAAGACCCAGAUCGAGCGCUGGGAGGGCAAGGACGGCUUCGACCGCUACCUCUCCUGGCUUCGUGAGGGUCACGACCACUACGAGCUCUCCGUCACACACGUCCUCCACAAGAACUUUACUCAGUUUAUUGAUCUCUGCUGGCCCCGGUUUGUCUGGGCUGGCAUCAAGCUGCACCCACUCCACACCAUCUGGAACCGCACCAGCAAGUACUUCCACACAGAGAGACUGCGCCGCGUCUUCACCUUUGCCACCAUGUACAUGGGCAUGUCGCCCUUCGACGCCCCGUCCACAUACUCGCUUCUGCAGUAUACAGAGCUGGCAGAAGGCAUCUGGUACCCACGAGGUGGCUUCUACGCCGUCCUUGAGGCCCUCGUCAAGGUCAGCGAGCGGUUCGGCGUCAAGUACAGGAUGAACGCCCCGGUCGAGCAGGUUCUCAUGCACACCGAUGGCGUUACUGCUCGCGGUGUCAAGCUGCAGUCCGGCGAGGUCCUGACCGCCGACAUCGUUGUGGUGAACGCAGAUCUCGUCUAUGCCUACUCAAAUCUGCUUCCUCAGACUCCCUCCUCGCCUGCCGUCUCGUAUGGCAAGGACCUGCGCAAGAGAGACGGCUCUUGCAGCAGCAUCAGCUUCUACUGGGCUCUGAAGCGCAAGGUGCCGGAGCUCCAGACACACAACAUUUUCUUGGCUGACGAGUACCGCGAAUCCUUUGAUGCCAUCUUCGACAGACAAACCCUCCCCAACGAGCCCUCAUUCUACCUCAACGUCCCUAGUCGCAUCGAUCCAACAGCAGCACCCGAGGGCUGUGACUCUUUGAUUGCUCUGGUUCCGACAGGUCAUCUUCUCGAGUCCAAGGGCUUCUCUGCGCAAGAUAGCGCUCAGAAGGAAGGAGGCCUUUCCCGCACGAAUGAGGACUGGCCUGCCCUCGUUGAGCGAGCCAGACGGGAGGUGCUGCGAAUUGCAUCGGAGCGCACGGGCUGCGAGAACAUUGGUGAUCUCAUCACCAACGAGAUUAUCAACGACCCGCACACCUGGGAGGCUAAAUUCAACCUCGACAAGGGCUCGAUCCUUGGUCUCUCGCACAGCUUCUGGAACGUCCUCUCGUUCCGCCCGAAGACGCGUGCCAAGGGUUUCAAGGGUGUCUACUUUGUCGGCGCGAGCACACACCCCGGCACUGGUGUUCCAAUCGUCCUGGCGGGCGCCAGGAUCACUAGCGAGCAGAUCCUCUCCGACCUGGGCAUGGCAAAGUCCAUCCCCUGGCACGGCGCCAAGUACGAAGGCAAGAUCCAAGACCAAGGCGUCAAGCAGAACCGCCACACUAACAAGCUUGACGUCCUGCGGCCAACGUACGACCUUGUCAAGCUUGGCGCGCUCCUCCUGCUUCUCGUAUUUUGCUGGUUCUUCCUUUUCAGGAAUAGUCAAAUUUUCCAGCAGAGGAUUGUUCUGCACUGA